AGAGAGAGGCAGCUGAGAGAGCCGCUCCACUCUCUUACUGCAUGAAGAGCCGCUCAAGAGGGGGUUUAUUUUCAUUUCAACUUUGCCCGACUUUUUUUUUUGGUGGGGGGGGGUUUGCAGUUAGCAGGAUGCUAACCUCCGCUGCCAUCCUUCCGAUCGCUCUGCUUAUUUGCUCAGAUCGGGCAACGGCGGCGGAUGCUGAGGGGAGAAUACCCUCGUGCAGGACUGGAUUUUCUGAAGAUGUAUAUGCAGUGUUUAUUUCCAGGAGUAUUUUUGAAGGCCAGAGUUUCCUUAAAGUGAAAUUUGAUGACUGUGCUGGGAAUCAGGGAAUUCAGUAUGGAAGCAGUGACCCUGGCUUCAAGGUUGGGACAGAUGGCACCUUGUAUGCAGCCCGCUCAAUGCAGAUCCCCUCAAAGCAAGUAAAGUUUGCAGUGACUGCAAAGGAUGUCGGGACCCAGGAGACAUGGGAAACAGUGGUCAAGCUGCUUGUAAAAGCACAGGGAAACUCAAUGCACAAUGUACAAAAGAAUGGGAAGAAGAAUGUGCCUCCUGAGCCUUCAAAGCAGCUUGAUGAUACACUGUUUCCAUGGCGCCAACAGCAGAACUCCAAUGGGCUGAAGCGACAGAAGAGGGAUUGGGUCAUUCCUCCAAUCAAUGUGCCAGAAAAUUCCAGAGGGCCCUUCCCCCUCCAGCUGGUUCGGAUUCGAUCAGAUAAAGACAGGGAGAUCCAGAUCCGAUACAGUAUCACUGGACCUGGUGCAGAUCAGCCACCCAUGGAGGUCUUCAGUAUUGAUCAGGUUGCCGGUAAAAUGCAUGUCACAAGACCCCUGGAUCGUGAGGAUAUUGCAUCUUUUCAUCUGAGGGCACAUGCCGUUGACAUGAAUGGAAACAAGGUGGAAAAUCCAAUUGACCUUUACAUCAAUGUUAUUGAUAUGAAUGACAACAGACCAGAGUUUGUGAACCACAUCUACAAUGGGAGCGCGGCUGAAGGCUCAAAACCAGGUUCGUACGUAAUGACAGUAACUGCCAAUGAUGCUGAUGACCCAAGUACAGCCAAUGGUAUGGUGAGAUAUCGGAUCUUGUCCCAGUCUCCAAUCAGCCCAUCACCAAACAUGUUCACCAUCAACAGUGAGAAUGGGGAUAUUGUUACCGUAGCUGCUGGACUUGACCGAGAGAAAGUCCCACGAUACACAGUCAUCAUUCAAGCCACUGAUAUGGAUGGGAACCUAAACUAUGGUCUUUCUAAUACAGCAACUGCACUUAUUAUUGUGACCGAUGUGAAUGACAAUGCUCCAGAAUUUACUGCUGCCACAUUCUAUGGAGAAGUUCAAGAGAACAAACUAGAUGUAAUUGUUGCUAACCUGACAGUCACUGAUCGAGACCAGCCACACACUUCAAACUGGAAUGCGGUGUAUCGGAUUGUCAGUGGAGACCCUGCUGGCCAUUUUGUUGUUAAAACUGAUCCAAUCACCAAUGAUGGUAUCGUUACAGUGAUAAAGCCAGUGGAUUAUGAGAUAAACAGGGCCUUUGUGCUGACAGUGGUGGUAAUGAAUCAAGCACCUCUAGCAAAUGGAAUUCAGUCUUCACUCCAAUCCACAGCAACAGUUGCUAUCUCUGUCACAGAUGUCAAUGAAGCUCCAUUUUUCAUUCCCAAUCCCAAACUGAUCAGGCAAGAGGAAGAGAUGCCUGUAGGCACACUGCUGACAACAUUUGCAGCUCAAGAUCCUGAUCGCUUUAUGCAGCAAGCAGUACGAUAUUCUGAACUGUCAGAUCCUGCAAACUGGCUGAACAUUAAUGCCACAACGGGUCAGAUCACAACCACAGCAGUCCUGGACAGAGAGUCGAUGUAUGUUAAAAAUAAUGUGUAUGAAGCAAUGUUCCUGGCAGCUGACAAUGGCAAUCCUGCAGCAAGUGGCACUGGCACCUUUCAGAUUUACCUCAUUGAUGUUAAUGAUAAUGCACCUGAGCUGAUUCCUAAAGAGGCCCAGAUUUGUGAAAAACCUAAUCCAAAUGCAAUCAACAUCACAGCAGGGGAUGCUGACAGAGAUCCAAAUACAGGCCCCUUUGUGUUUGAGCUCGCAAAUAAGCCAUCAGGUGUCAAGAGGAACUGGACAAUCACCCGUUUAAACGGGGACUCUGCCCAACUUAGCUUGAGGAUCGGUUUCCUAGUCGCUGGUGUAUACGAUGUUCCAAUCAUAAUCACAGAUUCUGGCAACCCUCCAUUAUCUAGCACCUCUGUUAUUAAAGUGAAAGUCUGUCCCUGUGAUGAGCAUGGAGAUUGUACAGCUAUUGGUGCUAUUGCAGCAGCUGGAUUGGGCACAGGAGCCAUUAUUGCAAUCCUUAUAUGUAUCAUAAUUUUGCUAAUCCUAGUCCUGCUGUUUGUGGUGUGGAUGAAACGCAGAGAUAAGGAACGACAGACAAAGCAACUUCUAAUUGAUCCAGAGGAUGAUGUAAGGGACAAUAUUCUGAAAUAUGAUGAAGAGGGUGGCGGUGAGGAGGAUCAGGAUUAUGACUUGAGCCAGCUUCAGCAGCCAGACUCACUAGAUCCUGGAUUAGCAAAAGCUCCUGGGAUCAGGCGAGUUGAUGAGCGACCGAUUGGUGCUGAGCCACAAUAUCCACUGCGUCCAACAGUUCCACAUCCUGGAGAUAUCGGAGACUUCAUUAACGAGGGUCUCAGAGCAGCGGAUAAUGACCCAACGGCCCCACCCUAUGAUUCCCUCCUGGUUUUUGAUUAUGAAGGAAGUGGUUCAACUGCAGGAUCGGUCAGCUCCCUGAACUCAUCCAGCUCUGGUGACCAUGAUUAUGAUUAUCUUAAUGACUGGGGACCUCGAUUCAAGAAGUUAGCAGACAUGUAUGGUGGCGGAGAAGAUGACUAACAGUAUAUUAGAAAUGAAGGAACUGUACAAAAGAGGCAUCUUUUUCAUUAAUAUUCCCUGCUGACCAUAUAUUUUAGUGGUGUGUUAGUAUUUUUUAUUUUAGAACAUGAGCUGUUAGCAUGAAUGCUUGUUGUCUUUUUAUGCAUAUUUUGGUCAGUCAGCAGGAAUAUCGCUCAACGUUUGCUUUACAACUAAAGAGGAAAGGCGCUCUUUAUUAACUUGAAUUUCUUAGUACAGAAGCACUGUUUUUAAAGUGCCUUUUUGGUACAUUUUAUCAGAUUCCCUCAAUCUCAGGAGCGAUUAAAAUUCAACCAUCUAUUGAUCCCUGGUCCAGUACUGGCUAUGAAGAGAAAAUGAACGUAUCAGUUUAUUUCCACUCUGGUGAAUGGACAAACUUUCCUUUUUUGCCUUUUAAACUAUUGGUGUAAGAUACAUUAAAAAAAAUGAACUGUACAGAAACACGUGUAUUAACAGCCAUGUUUAAAAACUGAGCAGGUGGGUGGCUAAUCACAUUGUAUAUGUUGUAUAGAGCUUAACAUUGAAAGUCUAAUUGUCAAGUAGUGUAAAAAAAAUAAUGGCAGGAAAAGACAUUCUGAAGGGACUGGUUAGUCUUUAUUAGUAUUAAGGUCAUUUUAUUUUACAAUCUGAAGUCGAAUGGACAUCAGAUUAAAGUAAAUUAAUUUUUUUUAAGCAUUGUUACCCACUUGGUUUCUUACUGUAGUGUGUACAUAAUGUUGCACAGCUUAAAGCAAACAUCAUCUAGUUAAUGUUAUAUGUAUAAUUGGAGCUUUCUUCUUUUCAUUUUUGCAUGUUUUUUUUAUAUUGAAAGCAUAGAAGCUCGCAUGGCUGUGGUUGUUUCAAAGAACAAUUUCUUCUCGUGUUGUUGGUUCACAUUUCCACACAAUCAUUGCACAGUUAGAGGAAACUUUUUUUGUAAUGGUCAACAGCACAAAUAUUUUGUAUCGUUGUUUGUACCAUUUUGUACCAAAAAAAAAGGGAAGGUAGUAAAAGUUUUGAAUGCGUGUUUCUAGUGCCACUGCAGUUAUGGUUAAACUGAGUAACAGCUUUGCAAAUUUAUUGUGUACCAGAGCUGAAUCAGUGCAUUUGCUCCUGGCCCCUCAGUGUUAUAAAUAAAGUUCCCCUUUU